UCGGGGCAUUUUAGUGUCUGUUCACGAUGGUUUGCUGUCCCAUGUACACGGGUGAGGCACGUCUUGACGGGAAGACCGCAAUCGUCACUGGGUCCAACACUGGGAUCGGUAGAUGUACCGUCCUGGAUUUUGUGAUGAGAGGAGCACGCGUAAUCAUGGCCUGCAGAGAUAUGGGUAAAGCUGAAGAAGCGGCCAAAUACAUUCGCAGUGAGACAGAGGGUGUGGAGGGGGCAGGUACAGUGGAAGUGGUGUGCCUGAACCUGGCAUCCCUGGCUUCCGUGCGUCAGUGCGUCCAGGAGCUCCUGCAGAAAUUAGAAAGAAUCCACCUGCUUGUCAACAAUGCAGGGAUCAUGGCGUGCCCCCAGGGCAAAACAGAGGACGGCUUCGAGACGCAGUUCGGGGUCAACCACCUGGGCCACUUCCUGUUCACCUGUCUGCUCCUGCCGCGCAUCAUCCGCUCCGCUCCUGCCAGGAUCGUUAUUCUGUCGUCUUUUGUGCACGCCUGGGGAACCAUGAAUUUUGACGACCUGAACUUGGACGAGGCGUACACUCCGAUGAAAGCUUACUGUCAGAGUAAACUGGCGAACGUGUUGUUCUGCAAAGAAUUGGCCCGGCGUCUUCAAGAUACAGGGGUGACAACAUAUGCGGUGCACCCAGGAGUAGUCUUGACCGAUCUGCAACGUCACUGGGACACUUCCUUCUUCACGGGAGCUAAGGCGGUGUUCUACGGACUCGGCUCCCUGUUCCUGAAGAAUGCCGAGGAGGGUGCCCAAACCACAAUAUACUGUUCAGUGGACCGGAAGCUGGCUAACAAGACAGGACUCUACUACAGUAUACGUUCCCGUUGCCAGGCAGCAGAUUCUUAACAAUGCAACAAC